GUACGAAAUCUUUAUAAUGAUUGGAUGUGUAAUGCUAUUAAAGAUUAUACUCCAUCUGAAAAAAUCAAAAGACCAUCUUAUUUGCUUGUAGCAAACUGGGUAAAGGAAGGUUGGAAUGCUGUUGAUAUUAAUAAGAUUAGACAGUCAUUUAAGUGUUGUGGUAUUUUAAAUGCUGCAGAUAGAACAGAAGAUACUUUAAUUUUUGAUUUUAAUCAAUUAGAAGAUAGAGUAAAUAGAGAAGAUCUUGGAAGAGAGGUUGAUCUUAAAAGGGAAGUUGAAAAAGAUAAUGAAGGUAAUGAUGAAGACAGUGAUGAAGAUAGUAAUUAUAAUGAAAAUGAAAGUGAAUUAGAAGAUAGUAAUGAAAUUGAAUUAGAAGAUAGUGAUGAAAGUGAAUUAGAGGAUAAUUAUUAUAAAAAGAAUGAAGAACAAAAUGUAAUUCAAGAUUGA